UUUUGCAAGUGUUCUUCGAUAAUCGGAGCCUUUUAGCGAAAUCGUCAGUCUCUCUGUUUAAUCUUCUUUUGUUAACCGUUAUUAAGUUGUUGUUUCGACUGAUUUUUGUCAUCUGGUUUCAGAUUUUGAAAUGGUGAGGACUGUGAAGAAUAAUCAUGAAGAGGACGAAGAAGACGAUGAAGAGUUUUCAUCUAGAACUCCCGAUGGUUCUUCUCAAAAGGGGAAAUUAGAAGGGAAGAGCAAUAAUGGGAAGGUAACUGCUCAUCGUUCGAAGCAUUCUGAGACAGAACAGCGGAGGAGGAUCAAGAUUAAUGAGAGAUUUCAGACUCUAAGAGAUCUCAUACCACAAAAUGAUCAGAAGAGAGACCGAGCGUCAUUCAUGUUAGAGGUUAUACAAUAUAUCCACUUUUUGCAAGAGAAAUUACAGAUAUAUGAGGGAACCAACCAAGGAUGGAGUGCAGAACCCUCGAAGUUGCUGCCAUGGAGAAGCACUCCUGGGCCCAUGGAAGGCUCUGUUGAACAUUCUCAAAUAAUCAGAAACGGCUCUACUCAUGAGGAUGAUAUUGUCAUUAACCCAACAUUGCUUUCGAGUGCCCAGAGCUUUGUAGAACCGAACUUGACUGCUGCUGCUUUAUAUAGAGCAACACACGAUUCUCAUAUGGCAGCGGAUGAAGCAAUUGCCUUUAACAUGCCACUGCAACGUAAUUUAUUUGAAAAUGCAUCUGUUGAACUAUCUCCUGAUGCUGAGCACCCUUCCCAGCCACAAUCAUUAUGUUGGCCAGGUAAACGAGAUACAAUUGAGUCAGAGGUUCUGAGCUAUGGCAGAAAUGAUCAGGAAGAAGUGAAAUGCGAUGGUGAAGCAGUUGCAAGAGCACAUGCGUAUACUCAAAGGUUGCUUAAUAUCAUAAACCAGACACUAGCAUCUGUGGGAGUGGAUCCUUCACUGGCCGAUGUUAGAGUACAGCUUGAUAUCAGCAAAAAACCAAGCAGUGGAGCCACAACUACAACAUUAAGCAGUGAAGAGAACUAUGAUGGUGCUCCUAAAAGGCUUAGGACAGAAGGUAGUAUGUGAUUGUCAAUCUAGCAUGGUUCCACUCCUAAUUUUUCUGCAUCUUGUCAUUGUUUCGAUGGGGAGAUACUUGAAGUGGUUGAUCUCUGUGGAUGAGGUGGUGGACAAACAGCUUAUGGUUGUCCAGUUAGGUUUCCAUUUAAAUAUGAGAAGCUGCAUUGUCAUUCUUAAGGGUAUUUAGAUAGUCGACUUUGGAAAUUCUGUCAGUGUGAUGUGGUUAUGCCUAUCGAUUUGAGAUGCCUCUAUGGAUCUGGUUUCAUAGUUGAUAGUUAAACAGGGAAAUUUGAAGUUGUUUCAAAUGUCAGCAUGAAGAAUUUUAUGUACAUUACCAAAUCUUUUCCUUU